AUGUCUGGCCAAAUUGAUGUCCUUCUGUACGGCCUAGGAGCCAUUGGCUCCUUCUACGCAUUUGUCCUAAGUCGUUCCGAAAAUGUGCGAUUGACAGUGGUCGCACGAUCUAACUAUGACGCCGUUUCCGCCAAAGGAAUCACGAUCAAUAGCGAGAACCACGGCCAGCAUACCUUCCACCCUUACCGAGUCGUUAAAUCACCUGCCGAAGCAUCACCAGUAGACUAUGUCGUAUGCGCCCACAAGGCCAUCGACCAAGAGGAAGUGGCAGCGCAAUUGAAGCCAGUCGUCGAAGAGGGUCGCACCACAUUCGUCAUCAUCCAGAAUGGCGUCGGAAACGAAGUCGCAUUCAGGAAUCAAUUUCCCGGAUGUUCCAUCCUGACCUGUGUCACCUGGGUCGGAGCCAUCCAGAUCAGCCCUGGGAUAGUCAAUCACACUAAAUCUGAGGAUAUGCAGAUCGGUCUGUAUCCCAAUACACAGAUUGGUGAUGCGACCGAGAAGCAGCGACUUAAGACAUUUGCCAAUUUACUUGAGCAUGGAAAGACUCGAUUCAAGGUGCUGGACGACAUGCAGGUACAGCGAUGGGAAAAGGUUGUAUGGAACGCCGCCUGGAACUCCAUCACCGCCUUGACUAUGGUGGACACUCAAACCUGGCUGCACUCCUCUAAGGAUGCGGAGCCAUUUACCCGGCGAUUGAUGCAGGAAGUUAUCAAUAUUGCUCGUGGGUGUGGUGUGAACCUUGCCGAUGACCUGAUUCAAAAACUGAUGGACAAGAUCAACGCCAUGCCUGGGAUUGGUAGUAGUAUGCAGACUGACUGCAAGAAUGGGCGUCCGAUGGAGAUUGAUGUUAUUCUUGGCUUUCCUGUCCGCAAGUCUAAGGAACUGGGUAUCCCAGCCCCUUACCUUGAAUCUCUUUACUUGCUCUUGUGUGCGGUUGAUGGUCGAAUCCGCGCGGCAUUGUGA